UAAGAACGACUUAACCAAAUUUACGAGCCAUUUGUAAUUUCCGGUCUCAUGGUCCCAGCACACUGACAGUAUGAAACCUAUCCUGUUACAUGGACACGAGCGGUCCAUCACACAAAUCAAGUACAACAGAGAGGGAGACCUGAUAUUCUCCUGUGCUAAAGACUCGCAGCCAAAUGUUUGGUACUCACUGAAUGGAGAGAGAUUGGGGUCAUUCAGGGGUCACAAUGGCGCCGUGUGGAACAUUGACGUCAACUGGGAAUCGACAAAGGUGCUGACAGCCAGUGCAGACAAUACCUGUAAACUCUGGGAUUGUGAAACAGGUAAGAUCCUGGCCUCUCUGGACACGGCCACUGCCGUCAGGACGUGUGGAUUCUCCUUCAGUGGGCGGUAUAUCAUGUACACCACGGAUAAAACCAUGGGACGCCCGUGUGAAAUCCACAUCUUUGACGUAGACGAUAUACGAAAUGGAGAACCAGCCAUGGUGAUCCCUAUCACUUCCUCUAAAAUCACGUCAGCAAUUUGGGGUCCGUACGAAGAGUACAUCAUCACGGGUCACGAGAACGGAGAAAUCUGUCACUACGACUUCAAAACGGGGGAAAAAAUCAACAGCUGUAAGGACCACAGCAAGCAGAUCAAUGACCUUCAGCUGUCCAAGGACAUGACCAUGCUCAUCUCAGCCUCCAAGGACACAACAGCCAAGUUGUUUGAAACAAAAACACUGGAGCACAUGAAGACUUACAAGACAGAGAGGCCUGUAAACUCGGCCUCUAUAUCUCCUAUCUUUGAUCAUGUGGUGCUGGGUGGUGGACAGGAGGCCAUGGAUGUCACCACCACCUCAACAAGGGUCGGCAAAUUUGAUGCCAGAUUCUAUCAUCUUGUUUUUGAGGAAGAGUUUGGACGAGUUAAAGGUCAUUUUGGUCCCAUCAACAGUACAGCAUUUCAUCCAGAUGGUAAAAGUUACAGUAGUGGGGGAGAAGACGGUUAUGUUCGUGUUCACUACUUUGAUCCAAGUUACUUUGAUUUCCGAUUCGAGUAUUAACCCAGAUCUGAUUAUAGUGACCUGAAACAGACAAUUGUCAGUGCAGACCAGCUGUGAAUAAUGUGGACCUUACAGAAUAAAUCUUGGAAAACAAAA